UUUGGGCUACUUACCGCAAGUUUCGGACGGCAGGAGGUGAACAUUGUGGAUCGGUUAUAUUUUUGCUCUUAUGGAUUUCACAGGACGCAUUUUAGCGCGCAUGGGGCUGUAAUGUGGUCUCUUGAAUAACAGAGGUUUUGCGCACAUCUUUGCAUUGCCCACGUGAGCACACAGAGGAGGCGCACUGCUCCACUGGAGAUGGAGAUGGUCGACGUUUGGUGGAACGUGAUGCUGGACGCGUUGUCGGGUCGUUGAACAGCAUCGGGUUUUGGAUGAGCGUAGAAACUGGCCUGAACAUCCGCUGCCAUCCGGUAUUGCGAACUUGAGCUUCAGGAUGACUGUGGUGGUGGUUGGAGAGAACAUGGACGAGACCUCCUCCACGAUGCAGGGGCAUCCGCAGGACUCGCAGUAUUCCCCCGAGUGCUGUGAGCGGGUGGUCAUUAACGUCUCAGGGCUGCGCUUCGAAACGCAACUCAAGACUCUGGCCCAGUUCCCAGACACUCUGCUGGGCCACCCCAAAAAAAGGAUGCGCUACUUUGACCCUUUACGAAACGAGUACUUCUUUGACAGAAACCGUCCCAGUUUCGACGCCAUCCUGUACUACUAUCAGUCCGGGGGGAGGUUGAGAAGACCCGUCAACGUUCCCUUGGACAUGUUCUCGGAAGAGAUUAAAUUUUACGAGCUCGGAGAAGAGGCCAUGGAAAAAUUCAGAGAGGACGAGGGCUUUAUUCGCGAGGAGGAGCGUCCUCUGCCGGAUAAUGAAUUUCAGAGACAGGUUUGGCUGCUGUUCGAGUAUCCCGAGAGUUCGGGGCCGGCCAGAGGGAUUGCAAUAGUGUCUGUCAUGGUCAUCCUCAUUUCCAUAGUCAUAUUUUGUUUGGAGACUUUACCAGAGCUAAAAGAAGAUCCGCGGGGGCGGUUCCAAGUUGUGGGCAACAGCACGGUUUUUUACAAACCCAACUUCUUUACCGACCCUUUCUUUAUCGUAGAGACGCUCUGCAUCAUCUGGUUUUCUUUCGAGUUGAUUGUUCGCUUUUUCGCUUGCCCAAGUAAAGCAGCCUUCUUCAAGAACAUGAUGAACACGAUCGACGUGGUGUCCAUUAUUCCGUAUUUCAUAACGCUUGGAACAGAGAUGGCAGAAGACCCUGAUGCAAGGGAGGUCAAGGGCAGUGGAGAUCAGGCAACGUCUUUGGCCAUUCUCAGGGUUAUCCGCCUGGUCCGGGUGUUUCGGAUAUUCAAGCUCUCCAGACACUCAAAAGGACUUCAGAUCUUGGGUCAGACUCUAAAAGCCAGCAUGCGAGAGCUCGGCCUCUUGAUCUUCUUUCUGUUCAUCGGUGUGAUCUUGUUUUCUAGCGCGGUGUACUUCGCUGAGGCCGAAGAGAAAGACUCCUUCUUCACUAGUAUCCCAGACGCUUUCUGGUGGGCAGUGGUUUCGAUGACCACCGUAGGGUAUGGGGACAUGUACCCUGUCACUAUAGGGGGAAAGAUAGUGGGCUCUCUGUGCGCCAUCGCAGGAGUGCUUACCAUCGCCCUACCCGUGCCUGUGAUCGUGUCCAACUUUAAUUAUUUCUACCACCGAGAAACUGAAGGUGAAGAACAGGCUCAGCUCCUCACUGUGAGCAAUCCGAACAUCGCGUCCGACUCCAACUCCAGUCGACGCAGCUCGUCUGGCGUCAGCAAGUCGGAAUACAUGGAAAUAGAUGAGGAUCUCAAUAACAGCAUUGACAAUUUUAGAGAGGCCAACCUGCGAACGGGGAACUGCACGGUCUCCAAUCAGAACUGCGUCAACGUGGGAAAGCGACUUACUGAUGUUUAGAUCUCCGACUUCAUUCUGGGGUAUAAAAAGACAGCUGAACUGUACAUAAUGUAGUUUAUUAGUAUCAGAAUGCAUUAACUGGGCAUCUAAUAACGUGUUAUUUCAUUGCACAUUAUUCUUUUCUUAAGACACUAACAUUUAUGCAUUUGGCAGAUGCUUUUAUCCAAAGCGGCUCACGUUGAAUUCAAAGUAUAAUCUACAUUUUAUCAGUAUGUGCUCACCCAGAGAAUAGAGUCUAUGAUUUUGGCACUGCUAGUUUCACGUUUUGUCAGUUGAGCUACAGGAACACCAAAACAAGAUUUGUCUAAUGUCUGCCUGUGGAUACCAAAUAUAAUUGUCAGGGCAAUGAAGACAGAAUUUCACCAAUGGAUAUGAAGUACAUGUUGGCAGCAUGAAAGCGUUUUUACAAUGUAUCUGAAAAGAUUCAGAGUUUGUUCAUUAAUUUAGUGUUUGUUUGUUCGUUUGUUUGUGUCUUUCAUAAGCUAUUGUAAACCGUUAACAAAUUGAAUGUUCAAUCUCAGUUCAUUGAUUAUGCAGAUUAUGGCAUGUUUUAUGAAAUCUCGAGGUCUAUUCUAUAUGGUACUGCGUAUCUAAAACAAAUAACAUGGCAACUGAUUUCAAACACUGCCCAUUAAAAGCACAACUUUCUUUACGUAUUUAAAAACUUUACAUUAAAACCUUUUUCAAGGCAGUAUUAAAGUAUUGAUUUGAAAGUAGACGCUUUUAAAAUGUACAUAUUUAUACUUGUUUACUCAUCAAUGGUUGCCCUCACAGGCUUUUUUUGUUCUAUUUAUUCUUUAUAUAUUGAAUAAUAUAUAUAUAUAUAUACAUCUAUAAUUCAUGAUAUAUUUCAAGAAUAGUGCCUUCCGUCCUCUAACUGACAAAGAGUGUCCACGUGCAAUAGUUACAGCUGCAAAUAUCUUAACAUGCGAGGGGUUCGAUUUCAGGAGGUGAUCCUUGUGUUUAUAACAGAAUCAAAUCGUCUGCAUCUCUGCAUCAGAUGUUGCGUUACACAGAAGUGUAAAACAUUUCUUGUCUGAGGUUUGUUUUCUGAACAUCAUUGUGGUAUAUUUGGCACUGGCUGUGCUGUGCUCAUUGGUUUAUGUGGAUCUACCUCAGAUUGGUCAUGCAGUUACUCUGUCGUGAGGGAGAGCAUUUACGGAAUAGAAAGAUAAUUUUGUGUUUAUAAAACACUACUUCAUUGUCCAUGAAGAAAUUAUAAUAAUAGUUCAUUUCUCGGAGGGGUCAAAUUGAUUCGUUAAAGAUAGAUGACGAUAACACUAGCCAUUCCCCAGUGAUACUAUGUGAGCGCAAUAUUUGAUAACGCUAUAAUACGCACAGGGCAACAACAGGGAUAGUGAUAGAUUGAAACUGCCAUUUCUCUUAAAAGCAUCACAACAAAACCUUUAAGCUGAGUGUAAAUCUUGUCUCUCGAAACCUAAAGCACUUUAAGGAGACGUCAUGUAUUAUAGGUUUUGUAUAGGAAUGCGCUUAAGCACGGAAAGUAGAAUAAAGAAUCUUAAAUUGGUAGGACAGGAUCUUAUUCAGCGUUGUUUUCUUGCAACCCUUUAAUUUGUUCUUAGAGACAUUUAAGACAUCCGCACGCCGACUGUGUUGCUUUGUCUAAGAGUUAAACAUCUGAGUUUUAAAAACAUUUGAAAAGACACAUAUAUUUUUACAAUGAAAAAAUACCUUUAAAUAGAUGUCCAUGAAAGGUAUCUGUAAGAUGUUUAUUGUACAUAUAGAUGUCUGCAGUUUAAGAUACAACAAAAAUGAAAUACAAAAAACCACCGGACCAAAUACAGCUUAGUGUUUUUCAUGUCAUUUAUGCAGGUUAUUAAGAUAAUAAUGCAGAAAAGAUAUAUCUACGUAUAAAAAACACACUGCCACCAGAAGAUCAGACGUGUAUGUGUUCUUAGUAAGCAUCUUCCAUCUAGAUUUCUAGCAUUGUUAGCAUCUAGCAUUGUUAGCAUCGUUGAAGAUGGAGCGCUUGGUGUAAAUGAAUGAAUUCAGACGGAUCUCUGAAUUACGAUUUCGUUUGUUUUUGUUUCAACUGUUAUGCCAUAUAUGAAACUCAAGCACUUUGAUAUUAUGCAUGCAGAGAGAUUCUGGGCUCAUGUCGCAAUGGCGUGGGACAUGCAGACGCCAAGAAAAGCUUUUUUCUCAUGUACUUUUACGUUUCGGGUUAUGUCUGCAUACUUAAAUAUGUGUUGCGUUACGAGACAGUAUGACCAUUUUAAGUCGAUUUUUUUUUACAGUUUUUAAAGAAUGUUUUUCAAAAUUCAUUUUGACUCAAGAAAAAAUGAGACCCGCAAGGCAUUCAUGUUGACAAAUAAAAAACCUCUAAUUAUG